CUUGCGGCGAAUUGUUGACUGCGGCGUCUUGGGAUGUGUCCCACCUUCUGCCAAAAAUGGUUUUACCCGCAGAUCUGCCUGGGAAAUCCGCCUGCUGUAAGCCUCGCUGGAAGACGCCCUCCCGCCACAGCCUCACGUGGGGGGAGUAGGCUUCCACCGAAUAGAGUCAGGUAAGCCUACACCCUCAUGAGGUUGUGUUACAGAACUGUGGAGAAGAAGAGGGUACGGGCCGCUCUCCUCGCAUCCGUUCUUCCCGAAGACUAGAGCAGGCACCAGCCUGCUUAUUUCCUCCAGCAGCCUUACUUGAUGACAGCUCCUGACUUAGUCCCGCCCCCCAUCUCUCUUCUUUGCUGGCCUCUGCCAUUUGUAUCGCAAUCGCGGAAGCAGCACUACUACCAGAGGUUUAACACCGCACGAUUUCGCUGCCACGAAGUGCGUCUUUCACACAAACACAAAUUAAGAUGUCCGAUGACGCCGCGGCACAGAAAGGGAAGGAAAAACCAACUCGUCCGGCCUUAAGAUUUUCUUCAAUUUCCGGGUUUCUUUUGCCAGAUAAGAACCCAGGGCUGCCCCUCAGACGGUCGAAGUCAACUGGAGAUAUCGACGAGCACGGCAACCCGAGGCAACGGCCUUCCGAACUCGCAUCCUCAAACUCUACAUCCGAUAAUGAGAGAAACGAUGUGGUCUCCAUUCCUUUUGGGGAAAACAUUCCUUUUGGGGGAAAGAGGAACAGCACGACAAGGCGGAAGUCUGGAGAUACAACCGUUUGGGGUGCUUUUCGUGGUGUCAUUAGGAAAGUGAUGAGGUUCUCUGAUAACAUCGCCGAUAUGGCGAUAGAUAUCAAAGAGGACACCAUAGACAUAUCGAAGACGGUUAUCACCGAAUUUAGUUCGGCGGGGCAGAAGAAAAGUUUGUGCAAAGACUGCCUCAAGAUGAGGUUUGAGGAAUGUCUUCCUGGACAAGGACCAGCGCCGAGCCGGGAGAUUUACGAAUAUAUUCGGCCACUUGAGCGCGUCAUUGUCCGACGAGGCUGGUGUUUGUUCUGUGAACUCAUCUUCCAAGUCCUCUGUCGUGAAGAAAACGAUCCUUUGCUCCAUCCACACGUACAGGACCAUAUUCAGCGUCCUCUAAAAAAGAUACCGUUCAGCGAAUGGGUUGAAAAGGCGACCAUGAUAAACAAAUUCUUCAGAAGUGAAGCAGUUUGGCCCUUUGGACUCAGCCGGGAAGUUCCUGAUGGAGAAGUCGAGGUGGAAAAGCUAUUCCACCCUGUUAACAAGAAUGAUGAUUCGGCAUCGAACGGAGGAAGUCCGAUCGUACCGAAGAGCUCUCAGCUUCUGGAUGAUAUUUCAGAUCCGUUCCUCAUGGGAGCUUUGGCAGCGGCAAAGGUCGCAAUGUUUGGAAGCACGGAUAUGAAUGACAGAGACAGGAGAAUUCUUGAAGGGGUGGACGGAGCGUUGACGGCUGCAAUGAUCUUCUCCAGUAAAAAACGAAAGCGGCUGCCUUGCUGGGUGUUGAUCAAGUUGCACACACGAGCCAGUACUGAAGCUGGACUACUUGCAGUGCAUGUUGCGGGACACAACCAGGAACCUCUGUCCCAGCUUGCGGAAAUCAGUAAGUUUCAUCUACGAGUCGCUACCGAUGUAAUCGAUCAGUCCGAAUCAACGCCAUCGCUGCGGUAUGGUAGAAUCCUACAGGAGAAAAUCGAUCUCUCCCUUGGAAAACAGUGGCUGAGUAACUGCGAACGUUGCCAUGUAUGUGGUCCUUUAUCUCUCCGUCCAGGGGAACAGGGAUCCUUGAUCCCAAAUUUUCGAGUUAUUGAUCUGCAAAAACAUCGCCUCCAUGAGUGUACCCCCGAAGGUGUCCAAUACGCCGCACUGAGCUACGUUUGGGGUGACUGGAUAUACCCCAAGCUCGACGACAAAACCAUCGAGAAAUAUGUCAAUGAAGGAGCGCUUUCGCCUAAAAGAGUAAAUCUUCCACAAGCUAUUAUAGAUGCCAUGGAAGUCGCGAGAGGAGUAGGUCUUCAAUACUUAUGGGUCGACGCCCUGUGUAUAAAACAAGACGACGAAAGCGAGAAAGACACGCAAAUUGGGCAGAUGGACAAAAUUUAUGCAAAUGCUGUCGUUACCAUUGUGGCAGCUGAUGGUGGGAAUGCAAAUGCCCCCUUGAAAGGCAUUUCGACCAAACGCCCGAUCGACCAGGUCGUGUCGGAGAUCAGGAAUGGAGUCAAUGUUCUCAUUCCUGUUGCUACUGGCAAAAGUCUGGCACCUUGGGAGAAUCGAGCAUGGACUCUUCAAGAGAAGUUGCUCUCAAAUCGGCUGAUCGUAUUUAGCGGUGGCCAUAUGAUAUGGCACUGCCGCAAAGUCGUCCAUUUUGAAGACAUGACUGCCAAAGAUGCGGUGGCAGUCUUAGGCUCAAACCUGGGGUACCCUCUACUGAACUUUGAACAUAGUCGGAGACGACUUGAUCCAGCUCCUUUCUCAAGCUCUUCACAAGAUGGUACAGUCUCUGUUGUACGAUCGAAAGCUUUCCAACAAUACGCGACGCUUGUUGCAGACUACACAGGCAGAAGAAUGACCUACGCAUCCGACGUACUUCGGGCUCUUCAAGGCACCUUGCCAACACUGAACCGCGUCUUCGGGCGUAUACAAGAAAGAGAGCGUGAGGUGUUUCGGUACGGGCUGCCCCAGCCUGUCCUUGAUGUUGCGCUGCUCUGGCAGCCAGAAGGCAAAUGUGAGCGUCGACAACAUUGUGAGCGCUGCAACCAACCCUGCAUGCCUAGUUGGUCCUGGGCAGGUUGGGUUGGGAAAAAAGAUUAUGGAAAGACUUUCUCACCUAGGACGGACCACGAAGGAGCAUUAGAGAAACUAGUUGAGGAAUAUGGACUAGAGAGAAUUCGACCUUUGGUUCGAUUUUAUGCCAGAGGUAGAGAAGGGCUCUCAGAGUGGCCGGCCCCGGGUAACUGUAGAGAGACGAAGGACUGGGAAUCCCAAUCCCCGUUAUUCUCAAUUCCACGUAAGAUGGUUGUCACACAGCAACGCGGCGAGGCUGCAGAGAUGGGAUUGCUUGCCUUGCUUGAAUCUGAUGAAACCGGCCUGAUCUGGAGAACAGAUCACUUACGGCCCUCCUGGAUCCAGCGUGGCCAGAUCCCAGAGCAAUGGGAAGCUUCGAACCCCCAGUCUCCAUUUGCACAGAAAGUAGAUAUGGAUGAGCAUCCCAAUAUCGACAAGUGGCAUCUGGUCUUCAGUACACAGAUCUCACAGUUCCAGCUCCACCGGCACCCACAAAUCCAGGGUAUCCAAGAUGAGACGGACAGCGAGCUAGAUGAUGAGCCAGAGUCGAGCAGGUCUGCUCCCAUGGAGCUAAUGCCUAUAUGGGACGUGAACAGUAAUGAGGUCGGAACGGUCCAGGUCCUUGAACCCGAGAAGAUCGUUGCCGGAAUGGACUACGAAUUCGUUGUCCUAUCUGAAGCACAGUAUUUUGGCAACGAGCUGAGCAUUGAUAUAGUCGAUUACCCACUGUAUAAUGUCAUGUUGGUCACGGCAAAAGAUGCAAGUAAUGUGAGGACGAGGUUGGGACUUGGGAAAUUGUUCAAGCAUGCUUGGAGGCUGUCAAAUCCUGUUGACGAAGUCGUUGUGCUUGGAUAGUAUAGGAGGGCUCACGGCAUAUGUAUGUUCUUGUAGGGAUAAUGAUGUUUGUGGUCUUCUGGAGGCGGGCAAUUUGGUUUCCAUUGCGGAUGUUCGGGUUAUAUCCUGGGGAAGUUUGUCAGCAUUUCUUACCUUCUCAUUUCUAGUUCUUCCAAAAAUGUCAAAGUGAUG